ACAAAAAACCAGCACUGUCGGUUCCAAAAUGACACCUUUUAUUUGGACAACUGGAAGAUCGCAAGAAAAGUGUCCUUUUCUGCAAGUUUUCGGGAUCAAUGUUUUCUGCAAACUUUCGGGAUCAAUGUUUCCUGCAAGCUUUUAGGAUCAGUGUUUCCUGCGACCUUUCGGGAUGAAUUAGGAAAUAAAACAUGCUCUGUGUUUUAUAACAGUGAUUUCCCACCCACCCCCCAACAUGACGUAACAUUAGCUAAAUCGCUAACGACAUGUAAAUCUCCCAGACUGCUUUCAAUAGUCACUGGGAGAUCGAUGCCUCUUUCAGUAGCCUCGUGGCCGAGCUGGGAGGGUUGGCAACCCUAAAUAGUGGUAAAUAGAAGGGGGAAAAAUACCACACUUCUCAUGGUAUUACCCAUUCACGCUUCCUUUUCACUGUCAAGCCAUAUGUGCUGUUGCAUUAAUUGAGACGACUCCAUCUGUAUUUGACCCCCAACAAACUAUCGUUUUCCUCUGUCUCAAAUCUUCAUCCUUAAAACUGAUCUCUAAUAACAGAUGUGGGGGCAUCUCAGGGACUGAACUAAGGGAGAAACUUCUUGAACUGAAAGGCAGCUAAAGGUUCUCUGGAAAGGAAGGUUUUACCGGACUUGAAAAACUUUUCUAGCUUUUAAUUUGACUUCAUUCUUAACCAGGAGAAAAACUACACCUCCCAAGAGACCUUGAGCAGGCUUGCGCAUGCGCACACGAGGCUGCUUUAAAAGAAACGCCGUUCCCAGCAUGCUGAGGGCUCGGUGCGCAUGCGCCAGUGCUCCGCGCGCGGACUACACUUCCCGCCGUGCCUCGCGCUGCGCCGGGCGACGGGUCCCGCGUGUGGCCCAUCUUCCUCCACCCCCGCCAUGGAGAUGGAGAUGGACGCGGGCUCCAUGGUGUCGGGGUUGUCCGGGGGACACGGCGGCGGCGCCGCCCCGCCCGGGGACGAGGACGAGGACGUGGAGGUGGAGGGCGCCCCGGGCUGCUCCGGGGCCCGCGCCUUGCCCUUCGCCUUCGAGCGGAGCCGCUCCGAGUCUAGCGUGGACGGGGACGAGGAGGACGAGGACGAGGAGCUGGAGGACGAGGAGCUGCCGACCGGGCCCGGCGCCCGCUUCAGGGCCUGCGGCGGCGGCGACGAGCUCGACUCGGACGAAGACCGCGAGCGUAUGAUAAACCUUUCUGAGUUGAAUCCGUACAUCUUGUGUUCCAUCUGCAAAGGUUACUUUAUAGAUGCUACAACCAUUACAGAGUGCCUUCAUACCUUUUGUAAAAGCUGCAUAGUAAGACAUUUUUACUACAGUAACCGAUGUCCAAAAUGUAACAUUGUUGUACAUCAGACACAGCCUCUUUAUAAUAUCAGGCUGGACCGACAGUUACAAGACAUAGUGUAUAAACUUGUUGUCAAUUUGGAGGAAAGAGAGAAAAAGCAAAUGCAUGACUUUUACAAAGAAAGAGGUCUAGAAGUACCUAAACCAGCUAUCCCACAACCAGUCCCUGUGAGCAGAGGAAGGCCACGAAAAGUCCUGGGAUCAGUUUUCCGAAUCCCACCAGAACUUGAUGUCUCAUUACUUUUAGAGUUCAUUGGAGCUAAUGAAGGCACGGGGAAUUUUAAGCCAUUAGAAAAGAAGUUUGUGCGAGUUUCAGGAGAGGCAACAAUUGGACACGUGGAGAAAUUCCUUCGAAGAAAAAUGGACCUUGACCCUGCUUGUCAGGUAGAUAUAAUAUGUGGUGAUCACUUGCUGGAGCACUAUCAGACACUGAGGGAGAUCCGUCGAGCGAUAGGAGACAGUGCAAUGCAGGAUGGUUUACUUGUGCUGCACUAUGGUCUUGUGGCAUCUCCACAAGCCAUAACGUAAAGCUGGCUAAAAUAUUGGAAGAAAGGAUCAAAGGCGUGAAGCUUCCUCAGUGCUCUGUCUCACCAAAGAAGGUCAUCUUGCUUGCUUCCUGUCACAGGAAAUAAAUGAACCACCACUAACUGCUGUACACUUGUAACUUGGUGUUUGACUUUACCACUGUAAAAAUUGCAGCUGCUGUAAGUACAGCUCUAAACAUUACAAUGCUUGAUAUUACAUACGACUGUCUUUAAACUGUAGCCAGCUCAGGGAAUGGAAAACAUUCAGAGUUGCUGAAUUGAUUUGUAAAUGCUAUUUAAACCAAUGUGAGCACACAGGGUUAACUUCCUUUCUCUGCUCUGAACUUAAUCUUGGGUAGGUCCGUGGCUGUUUUAUAUCUCCAACAGGACCUUGCAUACCUCUGACAUAUAUAUGGCUGGAAUGGUGCUCUCAGGGAUGAUUUUCACUUGACAGUGUCAUUUUUCUCUGGAAUAGAGAGAUUAUUUCUUUAAAUCAAAUGUGCAGGAGCCGUCUUGAUCUAGAAAUAACGGGAGAAGAUUUUGUCAAAUAUGUAGACCAAAAUGGGUAGUUAAACUCCACAGUCUUAAGCAUUGAUUUUUUUUCAUAUUUAUUAUACCAGUAGCAUUAGAACAUAGAAUUUCAUUUUCUUGGCAAGAAAUUUGAUCUGCACUAGAGCCCGAACUGGUAGUCGAUAGACUCGUAUUAACUACCAUGUAGCCAGAUGCUGAAUGGUAGCACUCUUUUUUUUGCUUCCAGAAACAUGGGCUGCCAGUAGGUUAUUCUGUGCACAUCAGAGACCAGUUGAGGGCCCUCUUUCCAUCUGCAUGCUCUCUGUAAAAUAAUUAGAUGUGCAGCCUGCUUCUACUCACAUCAAAGUCUAAUAGCUGACUGGACUGGCAGCAGGGCUGAACCUUUCUUCCUAUCACAUCACCUUACACCUGCAGCCAAAAUGACAGCUCUCUCGUUCUCUUCCAAGGGCUGCCUUGUAACAACUGCUCCUGCAUUAUAACGGAGACUAUUUUGGAAGCUGCUGGGUGCUGUAAUCAACUCCUAUCUCUCCACUACUUGUAAAGCUGUACGAAGGGUAUUAGGUAGCUUUAAUUUUAAUAGACUGUAGCUCAUGAUCAUCGAAUAUUUCAAGGUUCUGUUUUUGUUGAAGACUCUCACCAUUUCUUCUAUAGGUAUAAAGACCAGAGCUGUGCAUGGUGUGGUUUCACUGCAUGCGAGGCCUGUAAGUCUUUAAACAAAUGCUUGUUUUGCCUGUGAAAGUAUCCUAUUAAGGAAAGAUCUUGUUUACCUAAAAUAAUAUUUUUUGAUGCUUCUGAAAAUGUAACAAAAAAAUAUUUUAUAGCCAAGAUUUCCAGUUUAUUUUCAAGGUUUGUAUAAAAGCAGUGCUGAAAAUGGAGCAGAAAAGGGAUGGUUUUGUAAACGUGUUGUGCAUUGUGUUGAUAAGAGAGUAUAUAUUGUAACAGGUAAAUAAAGUUUUAUUUUGGCCUAUUUGAAA